GCACACCUAACACCGAGGCUCCUUCUUCUCUCUCUGCAGGAACAUGAUAUUGAGACAGCUUUCGGAGUGGUCCAUGUCACCAUGAGGGGCACACCCAAGGGGAACAGACCUGUCAUCCUCACAUACCAUGACAUUGGCCUCAACCACAAAUCCUGUUUUAACGCAUUCUUCAACUUCGAAGACAUGCAGGAGAUCACUCAUCAUUUCGCUGUGUGCCAUGUGGAUGCACCAGGCCAGCAGGAAGGAGCACCCCCGUUCCCGUCUGGGUACCAGUACCCCAGUAUGGACGAACUGGCUGAAAUGCUGCCUGCUGUUCUCACACACCUCAACCUGAAAAGCUUCAUUGGGAUUGGACUGGGAGCUGGUGCUUACGUCCUCAGCAGGUGUGCACUCAGCCACCCUGACCUGGUGGAGGGACUCGUUCUUAUCAACGUUGAUCCGUGUGCAAAGGGAUGGAUUGACUGGGCGGCAUCCAAGUUUUCAGGCUGGACAACCAACGUAGUGGAUAUUGUCUUGGCGCAUCAUUUUGGCCAUGAGGAACUGCAGGCAAAUCUAGAUUUGAUCCAAACGUACAGGCUUCAUAUUGCGCAGGACAUUAACCAAGAUAACCUUCAGCUGUUCCUCACAUCAUACAACAGUCGUAAAGACCUGGAAAUUGAGAGACCUGUUCUUGGCGUCAACGACAAUACUGCAAAAACACUCAAGUGCCCUGCCUUGCUAGUGGUUGGUGACAACUCGCCUGCCGUGGAAGCAGUGGUUGAAUGCAAUUCACGUCUCGACCCCACCAAAACUACCCUGCUGAAGAUGGCCGACUGCGGGGGCCUGCCCCAGGUUGUCCAGCCUGGCAAGCUGACUGAAGCCUUCAAGUACUUCGUGCAGGGAAUGGGCUACAUGCCAGCAGCUACUAUGACCAGGCUGAUGCGCUCCCGCACUCACUCCUCCUCUAGCUUGGGCUCUGUCGAGAGCGUCCGCAGCCGGUCUCAUACUAGCAACCAUGGUGAAGGAAGUGCUGGAACCCCAGAAGGAAUUGACCUCCAUGAUGCACCUCAAACCAUGGAAGUAUCCUGUUAGGCAGGAGCCCUUCUUCUGGAUUCAGACCACUCCACUCGCCCCCACUGACCCCCCUCAGAAUCUAGCAUUUCAUCCAACAUGGCAUUAACUGUUCUCUCUAACUCGUGCAUGCCCAUCUGAGCUGCCACCUCCCUGGUAGUCUGUACUUGGCAUUACUUUGGUCCUUUCUGUAUGCCCUUGGCAUCAGAGCCUCUUUAAUACUCGUUGACAUUCCGCGGUCUUAGUAAGUCCCGUUACUGUACAUGCUGAUACCAUCUCCUGUCCGUGCUGUAUAUCAAUCCAGAUGACAGCCGUUGUCUCCCCCGUUUAUUUAAAUAUAA